CCCCAGGCAGCCAGCGCCGCGGACCCGCGCACAGUCGGCCGAUCCUCCCGCCGAGCGAGAGGCGUCCCAGCCGCCGCGCUCGCCGAGGCCCUGGGUUGCGGGCUCCCGGCUGCCCGCGAAAGCAUGGCCCGGCCCGUGCAGCUGGCGCCGGGCUCGCUGGCGCUAGUGCUGUGCCGGCUGGAGGCGCAAAAGGCGGCGGGGGCCGCGGAGGAGCCCGGUGGGCGCGCGGUGUUCCGCGCCUUCCGUCGCGCCAACGCGCGCUGCUUCUGGAACGCGCGGCUGGCGCGCGCCGCCUCGCGGCUGGCCUUCCAGGGCUGGCUGCGGCGCGGGGUGCUGCUGGUGCGCGCGCCCCCCGCCUGCCUGCAGGUGCUGCGCGAUGCCUGGCGGCGCCGGGCGCUGCGACCGCCGCGCGGCUUCCGCAUCAGGGCGGUGGGUGAUGUCUUUCCAGUGCAAAUGAAUCCAAUAACUCAAUCUCAGUUUGUACCUUUGGGUGAAGUUCUUUGCUGUGCUAUAUCUGAUAUGAAUACAGCUCAGAUUGUAGUAACACAGGAAUCACUUUUGGAGCGUUUGAUGAAACACUACCCAGGCAUUGCAAUUCCAUCGGAAGAUAUUCUUUAUACCACUCUGGGAAUGCUGAUUAAAGAAAGGAAGAUUUAUCACACUGGAGAAGGAUACUUCAUAGUUACUCCUCAGACUUACUUCAUUACAAAUACAACCACCCAGGAAAAUAAGAGAGUGCUGCCAUCAGAUGAAAGUCGCCUGAUGCCAACUUCCAUGAUGUAUCUGGUGAGCAUGGAGAGCUGUGCACAGUCAGCCCAAGAGAAUGCUGCCCCCAUAUCCCACUGUCAGUCUUGCCAGUGUUUCCGGGACAUGCACACUCAGGAUGUUCAGGAACCACCAGUUGCUGCAGAAGUGACUAGGAAGAGUCACAGAGGUCUUAAGGAAUCCUUACCUUGGGUACAGAAAGGGGCAGUUUCAGUGUCUGCGGAGCACCACAUUUGUGAGAGUACCAAACCUUUACCAUACACAGGAGAUAAAGAAAAAGGCAAGAAGUUUGGUUUUAGUCUCUUAUGGCGCAGCAUAUCUAGAAAGGAGAAGCCCAAAACAGAACACAGCAGUUUCUCUGCUCAGUUCCCACCUGAAGAAUGGCCUGUCCGAGAUGAAGAUGACUUGGACAAUAUCCCUCGAGAUGUUGAACAUGAGAUAAUCAAACGAAUUAACCCCAUUUUGACUGUUGACAAUUUAAUCAAACACACCGUCCUAAUGCAAAAAUACGAAGAACAGAAAAAAUAUAAUAGCCAGGGCACUUCCACUGACAUGCUGACAAUCGGGCAUAAAUAUCCUUCAAAAGAGGGGGUUAAGAAAAGCCAUGGUCUGUCUGCAAAACCUCAAGGGCAGGCCCAUUCUCGCAGGGAUAGACACAAAGCCAGGAAUCAGGGAAGUGAGUUUCAGCCAGGAAGCAUUAGACUGGAGAAACACCCCAAGCUCCCUGCUACACAGCCUAUCCCCAGAAUUAAAAGCCCAAAUGAAAUGGUAGGUCAGAAACCACUUGGUGAGAUUACAACAGUGCUAGGUUCCCAUUUGAUUUAUAAAAAGCGAAUCAGUAAUCCUUUCCAAGGUUUGUCUCACAGAGGAAGCACAAUAUCCAAAGGGCACAAAAUUCCGAAGACCAGUGAUCUGAAACCCAGCCAGACUGGACCAAAGGAAAAGCCUUUCCAAAAGCCUAGGUCCUUGGAUUCCUCAAGAAUCUUUGAUAGUAAAGCCAAAGAGCCAUAUGCUGAACAACCUAAUGAUAAAAUGGAAGCAGAAUCCAUUUACAUAAAUGACCCUACUGUCAAACCCACCAAUGAUGACUUCAGAGGUCACCUCUUCAAUCACCCUCAACAGAGCAUGUUGCAAAAUGAUGGUAAAUGCUGUCCCUUUAUGGAAAGCAUGUUGAGAUACAAAGUGUAUGGUGGAGAAAAUGAGGUAAUUCCUGAAGUCUUGAGGAAAAGUCAUUCCCACUUUGACAAAUUAGGGGAGACCAAAGAGACUCCGCAUAGCCUGCCAUCACGAGGUGCCUCCUUUUCAGACCGAACACCCUCUGCUUGUAGAUUAGUGGAUAACACAAUACACCAGUUUCAAAAUCUUGGCCUUUUGGAUUACCCAGUUGGCAUGAACCCUUUAAGACAACCUGAAAGACAAGACAGAGACUCAGAAGAAUUAUUGAGAAAAGGAUUUGUCCAGGAUGCAGAGACUACAAGCCUAGAAAAUGAACAGCUUUCUAAUGAUGACCAGGCCUUGUAUCAGAAUGAAGUGGAAGAUGAUGAUGGUGCCUGUAGUUCAUUAUAUCUAGAGGAAGAUGGCAUUUCUGAGAAUGAUGACUUACGUCAAAUGCUGCCUGGCCACAGUCAGUAUUCCUUCACAGGUGGAAGCCAGGGAAAUCAUUUAGGAAAACAAAAAGUGAUGGAGAGAUCUCUGACCGAGUACAACAGCACAAUGGAGAGGGUUGAGCCUCAGGUGCUUAAAAGAAACGAAUGCUACAAACCCACUGGGCUACAUGCUACCCCAGGUGAAAGCCAAGAACCUAACCUCUCUGCUGAAAGUUGUGGCCUAAAUUCAGGGGCCCAGUUUAGUUUUAACUACGAAGAAGAACCCAGUGUUGCUAAAUGUGUACAGGCCUCAGCACCUGCUGAUGAAAGAAUCUUUGAUUACUAUAGCGCAAGAAAAGCCAGUUUCGAAGCUGAAGUCAUACAAGACACUAUUGGUGACACAGGAAAGAAGCCAGCUAGCUGGAGUCAGAGUCCUCAGAAUCAGGAAAUGAGAAAAUAUUUCCCACAAAAGUUCCAACGUUUCAACACUUCACAUAUGCCAGUGUUGGCUCAGGAUGUCCAAUAUGAACACAGUCACUUGGAAGGGACAGAAAAUCACAGCAUGGCAGGAGAUAGUGGAAUAGAUUCUCCACGGACACAGAGUCUGGGAUCUAAUAAUUCAGUCAUUUUGGAUGGACUAAAAAGAAGACAGAAUUUUCUGCAAAACGCUGAAGGCACAAAGAGCAGUCAACCACUCACAUCCAAUUCCUUACUACCGCUAACUCCAGUCAUAAACGUUUAAUUUUCUUUUGGAAACCUAUUUUUUUUAUUUGUAAAAAGGUAGAGCAUUACUACAGAAUCUUUCAAUCAUAUAAGAAUUGAGUAUAUAAGAAUUGUCUAAAGGCAAGCAUAUAUAUGCUAUUAACCACAUUACAUAUUUUGUUCUAAUUACUGGCUUUUUUUCCUUUUUUGGCAUCUUAAGGCUUUUUGAAGCUUAUUUUACUGUGAGUUUAUUGGGAGUAUAUAGAUUAUUUUCAAUUAAAAAGUGGAAUUACUGGUCCCCUUCCAAUUGUAAUUAACUUGAAUUUUUAUACAUUAGUUUCUCAAAUACAUAGAAUGCCAAUUUACUUCCUGCAGUGAUUUUUUUUUUUUUUUACCUACACCAAUAUUGAGUUCUAAGUUAAGUGGAUCUCACCAGAUUUCAACACAAAAUCAGAAAACAGUGUGUGUUGAAGCAGUGUCUGUUGCAAGAAAACAGUGUCUGCUGCAAGGUAUCUGUGCAACCCUAAGUCUUUAUCAUUACCAAGAAAGAAUUUACAUAAAUGUGUUGGCUACUCUGCAACAAGAAUUCCUUUAAUCAUUGCUGCCCAGGGUCUUCUCUUUGACCACCCUGGACAUGAACAAAUGGUUCCCAAUGUGACUGACAAUGUCGAAAAUUCCUGUGGCAAGAGGCAUCUGGCUAUACUACUAUUCCUCUGGUUCCUCCCUACAUUUCAGGCCUUCUUUGAGAUGGAGUUUUGCUCUGUUGCCCAGGCUGGAGUGCAGUCGCACAAUCUCGGCUCACUGCAACUUCUGCCUCCCAGGUUCAUGCCAUUCUCCUGCCUCGGCUUCCCGAGUAGCUGGGAUUACAGGCGCCUGCCACCUCACCCGGCAAAUUUUUUGUAUUUUUAGUAGAGACGGGGUUUCACUGUGUUAGCUAGGAUGGUCUUGAUCUCCUGACCUCGUAAUCCACCCGCCUCGGCCUCCCAAAGUGUUGGGAUUACAGGCAUGAGCCACCGCACCUGGCCCAGGCCUUCUUUAUAGAUGGCAGUGAGAAGUCAGAUGGCGGAGAUAGAAUGUGGAGAUAGAAGGGAAGCAGAAUGGUUACCGAAUGGCUUGGGAGUAAAACGGAGGUUCUGAAUGAGAGGUUUAGAGAAAGGUGGAAGGAGUCUGGUAGACAUUUAGCAAUUCAUCUGCAUUUUGGUCCAUUUCCAACUCAUGGUAAGACCUAGAAUUUUUUCUGCUAAGCCUUUUCAGACCAAGUAGUAGAAUGGUCAGUUCUCUUGGGUUUGGGGAACAUGGAGCAAUUGAGACUGGUUUCAGCAUGUUGAGAAGAUGAUGGUGCUGAUUUAUGGUUGAGGGAAUGUUUUUUCUUUUCUUUUCCUUUUUUUUUUUGAGACAGCGUCUCGCACUGUCGCCAGGGCUGCAGUGCAAUGGCGUAAUCUCGGUUUACUGCAACCUCUGCCUCCCCAGGUUCAAGCGAUUCUCCUGCCUCAGCCUCCUGAGUAGCUGGGAUUACAGGUGUGCACCACCACACCUGGCUAAUUUUUUGUAUUUUUAGUAGAGAUGGGGUUUCACUAUGUUGGCUAGGCUAGUCUCGAACUCCUGACCUUGUGAUUCGCCUGCCUCGGCUUCCAAAGUGCUGGGAUUACAGGCGUGAAUGACUGAAUAAUUGGAGUGUCUCCUUCUGACUCUCACCAUACUGACAACAAUGAAGUCCAGAGAGAAGCCCGGCACUGGAGAACUUUGUGCAGUCCCUGUGGAAGUGCAAAUGACAUUCACUGCUCUCUUUUGCAGUGGUCAGCUCACUCACUCUUGACUAUUGGCUUUCAGUGGACCCCAAUUGAUUGACAUACCAUUCAUUGCAUUGUGAGAAGAUUAAUUGUUGUCAAAACGACAGUGUAAACCCUGCUCUAAGUGCCAAGAGAGGUGGGUAAUCUGGUAUAGAAAAGACUUGUAGGGGAAGUAGAGGUGAGAGUAUUGUUUUAGGGGGUCUUACAGCAUGGAAUCAGCACCAGUGAAUGGAAGUUAAGAGAAGUAUUUUAACAACGAAAAAAAUUAUUUUGAGACGGGGUCUCUGUCACUCAGGCUGGAGUACAGUGGCAUGAUCACAGCACACUGCAGCCUCGGCCUGUUGGAUUCAAGUGAUCCUCCCACUUUAGCCCCCUGAGUAUCUGGGACUACAGGCAUAAGCCACCAGGCUUGUCUAAUUUUAUUUUUUAUAGAGACAGGGUCUCACUAUGUUGGCCAGGCUGGUCUUGAACUUCUGUCCUCAAGCAAUCCUCCCACCUGGGCCUCCCAAAGUGCUGGAAUUUCAGGUGUGAGCCACUGUGCCUGGCAGAAUUUUCUAUUAGACAAAGCUAUCUGAAGAUGAAGUAGGCAGCUUUGGAAAAGAAUGAAUUUCCCAUUGUUUAGGGCAUUCAAGCAGAAGCUUGGUGAUCCCUUUACUGAUAUGCUGCAGAGCAAUUUCCAGAAUUUAGUUUAACUGGCUGGCUGAACUAUAGGAUUUUGAAGAAUCCUUCCAACUGUAAGGUUUUUUAUUUGUUUUGUUUUUUUAGGAGAUGGGUUUUUGCCAUGUUGCGCAACUAAUGAAGUCCAUCUAAUUUUGCCACUGGAUGCAUUAUGACAUUCUCCCUGUUUUAAAGGAAUGUAUUAAAUAAAUCAAGCUCAUUAUGAAACCAGUAAAAUUUUCUCCUACGAAACUCAUCAUAUAACAGACACUAAAGAUGGGAAUAUGUGCGAUUAAAUUGUUUGGGAGAUUAUUCUCUAAAGUAGGUGACCUGCAUUUUUCUCCCCAGACAUAACUGCUUUUUGUGGCAACUUUAGUUCUUGAUUUAUCUUUCCUAAUGCAGUCUAUUCUCUAAUGAAAAAACUGGUUUUUGAGGCAGCUUAAUGAUCUGAGCUUAGGAGUCAGAUACAGUUUGAAUUCCAAUUCCAAAUCCUUCGUAGCUGUGUGAUGGAGCAAGUCACCAAAUUCCUCUGAAUUGGUUUUCUCAUCUGUCAAAGGGAGAUAGUAAUGAUGUCUCCCUUCCGGGAUUGUUGUGAGGCUUGGGGAUGAUCUAUCAAAAGUGCCCAGUGUAGGCCUGAGCAACCCCAUUGCGGGCACGGCUGUGGAAUGGCUUUGGGUCUUUAAAAAAAAAAGUGCCCAAUGCAGGAGGUACCUAAUAUUAUUAUACAUAUAUAUGUAUGUGUUUUAAUAUAUUUUAUAGUAACAAAACUUGCUUGAUAGGUAAAUACAUGGCCCACUAUACAGGUCCCCUGUUUUUGUCAGGUUGUCUGGAAUUCCUCCAUUACAGAUUUAGUCCUUUGGGAAGGUUAUAGGAUGUAUCUGCCAUCAAAAUCCAGGUAUGCCACGGGGAGGUAUUAUCCCUUUCACUAACAAGUUUUCAGUUGAUAGCUUAUUUUAUAAGUAGGAAUAAAAUAUGCAAAAUAUGGGCUUAUUGUAGACAUUCAUACAACAUACAUUCUCUCUCAUUUGAGAUUUCAGACUCCUAGGGAUCCCUGGCAUAGCUAGGUUUCUUGCAAACUAUUUUCAUUAUUUCAAAAGUCCUAAUAGAAAUUGUACUCAAUUCCUUUGCCUUACUCUAACUCCUUGCUAGCUAAAAGAUCGUUUCUUUGCAAAUAGUUGAAAUUACACCAGCUCAGUAAUGCAACACUAUCCCAUGCUGGUGUGGCAGUUAAACUGCAUUUGUAUCUUAUUCAUUGAUUAGAAUGACCACCAUGGAUCAAUUAUCCCUAAAUACAAUUUUUCAGACAAAAUGUUACAAAAUUUCAAAUCUUUUUUUUUUUUUUUUUUUUUUUUUGAGACAGAGUCUCACUGUGUUGCCCAGGCUGGAGUGCAAUGGCAUGAUCUCAGCUCACUGCAGCCUCUGGUUCAAGCAAUUCUCCUGUCUCAGCCUCCUGAGUAGCUGGGACUACAGGCACGUGCCACCAUGCCCAGCUAAUUUUUGUAUUUUUAGUAGAGACAGGGUUUCACCAUGUUGGCCAGGAUGGUCCCGAUCUCUUGACCUCAUGAUCCGCCACCUUGGCCUCCCAAGGUGCUGUGAUUACAGGCAUGAGCCACUACACCAGGCCAAUUUUGUAUUUUUUGUAAAGACGGGGUUUCACCAUGUUGGCCAGGCUGGUCUUGAACUCCUGCCCCUGCCUUCAGGUGAUCUGCCUGCCUUGGCCUCCCAAAGUGCUGGGAAUACAGGUGUGAGCCACCAUGCUUGGCACAAAUCUUUUUUCUUGUUUCCUUUUUUUUUUUUUUUGAGAUGGAGGUAGCUCUUGUCACCCCAGCUGGAGUGCAGUGGCACAAUCUUGGCUCACCGCAACCUCCGCCUCCCGGAUUCAAGCGAUUCUCCUGCCUCAGCCUCCUGAAUAGCUGGGAUUACAGGUGCCUGCCACUACGCCUGGCUAAUUUUUGUACUUUUAGUAGAGACAAAGUUUUGCCAUGUUGGCCAGGCUGGUCUCGAACCCCUGACCUCAGGUGAUCUGCCCACCUCAGCCUCCCAAAGUGCUGGAAUUAUAGGCGUGAGCCACCGCGCCCGGCCCUAGAUCUUUUUUCAUGUAGUGGCAUGCACAUACACACACACACACACACACACACACCAAACCAAAAUGUCAAGUCUAUGAGGAAGAGCAAUGGAAAGAGCCUGUAGAAGGGAAAAGAUUGGGAACCAUGGCGUUUUGAGAACCUAUCUACAGCUACUAAGGCUUUUUGGGUGUUGGGAAAACAGGCUAUUGCUUAACAGGGGUGGGGAAGAGAGACAUAAAUGUCAUGAAACAAGAAUGGGGGCAUCAAAGACAAAUUCAUGAUUACUUUGCUGGUGUCUUACAGGACUUUCUUUCCUUUGAAACCUUAGUAACAUUUGGAAAAAAUGUCAGAGAGUGCUCAGGAGCUCAACUUUUACUUCAUCUGUUACUAACCUUCAACCACAAGAUAACAUCUGUUCCUUUUAUCCCAAUUUUACGUGCGGCAUUCUUAGCCAUAUCUACACUGUUUUUAUGCACAUCAUCAUACCCUGUUGUAGGGCUAUAAAGACCCUACUAUGGUAGAAUUGGGAGCGGACUGAGGGAUUAGGACAAAAAGAUGUAGAAAACCGCAGAUCUAGAGAUGCAUAGCUAUUCUCAUAACCUAGGAAGAGAGGUGGAUUUCUCCGUCAUCAAUAGCUGAACACUCCUUGUGUUUCUAAGUAUUGAAUCCAUAAAGUUACAUGCAAACAUAUAGCCCUUGCCUUCAGGCCAAGCCGUAGUUAUGCAGAAGGCUUGAAGCAAUCACAGAUUUAACAUUUGUGGUUCCAGCUAUUCAGGACCAAUUCCCAAACUCCACAUGUAACAAUUUGUAAUUUUGCUAGGACACAGUUUGAUGCUUAGGUUUUAAGGCUGGUGUGCUAGACGUUAUCAAGUGGUUUGUGAGAGUAGCCCUGUGUCUUCAUUGGGUAGAGUAGCUGGGUCGCAAGGAUCAUGAAGAGAUGAAGAAACAUCUGUGAAAAGCCAACUAGCCUCGGUGAUAGUAAGCAAAGAUAGAAACACAGAGGAAGUUACCCUUCGUAUUGUCAAAGGUUUCAGUUUUGUGUAAGGCUGUGAUUCACGGGCAGUUAAUCCCCAUCACUAAAAUUAAAUCCUUUUUUAUUCACUGCAAAUAGAGAAUCUGUGCAAGACAUUUUGGCUUUUCUCACCAGCAGAAAAUGUGAGGCUUCAGGUUUUUCCUGUUCAUUGUUUCAUGGGAGCAUCUUCCCCAAAACAUUGCAAAACUCAAAGUUUUCAGGUUGAUGUGGCAGAGAGAGCACUGAUCUCGGCUUCAGGAGCUAAAUUCUCUAGUCCUGACUGUGCCACUAACAGAUUGUGGGACUUCAGACAAGUACAUUCCUUUCUCGGGUUUCUUCUUAUGCCAAAUGGACAGCCUGAGAAGGAUCACAAUGAACCAGGGACCAACUUCACAUUAAAAUCUAAGACUUAAGAGACGGACAUCUGUCCGUUCCCGGCUACACCUCCGGCCCAUCUGGCCCACCCGAAACUGCGCGAAGCCCCUUUCCACCGACGCCAGGCCUGCGGCCUCGCGCGAAGCCGUUGGUCGUUAACAUCUCCCCCGCAAUGGGCGGGGCCGAGGGCUUCAGCUUCCGGCGGCAAAUGGCGAGGCGGCGCGUGGCGUUGCCCACUGGCCUCGGCACGGGCCUGCCCACGCACCCUCCCACCGCGUGCCGGCCUUGUCUACCGCCGUUGAAGGGCUUCCUAGCCCUAGCAGUACAUACUGGGAAGCCCCCAAGAGACUCUGCGGGGCCCAGGAGACCAGUU